AUGCAAAGCAACUCACAUGAACUCUUGCUGACAUCUAUCUGGGUCAUCAGUACUCAGGUCACAUUUAACACGAUAGAAGGUGUCUUUUGGAGGUGGCAAGGAAGGAAGUUAUCCACCCUUGGAAACGAAUUGAAACACCUAGAGAUCCCACUUAAAGAUAUUAAAUUGGCUACUAAGAAGUUCACUCAGACAGUCAUUGGCGAAGGCACAUAUGGUGAUGUAUACAGAGCAGAACUCGAUCAUUUUGAUAGAAAAGUAUUCUUGUCAUUAGAGAAGAAGAAGAAAGGUGGAGUACCUCCAAAGAAACGCAGCACUGUAGCUAUAAAACUUUACACCAAGGAGCAUCCUAGAGGGAUUGCACACGUGGCACAUCGACGCUUAAAAGAAGGAACAAUGAGUGAUAUGGUAGAUCAUAGAUUAUGGGAAACUACCCAUGAAAAUAGCUCCACUAUAUCUACACGACCCAAACAAUGUUCCUUACAUGCAUUUUUUAAAGUUGCAUAUCGGUGCCUGGAAGAUACACAAGCUAAACGUCCAACAGCGAAACACAUCAUCAAGAAACUUGAAGACGUAUUAUGCUUGCAAGAGACAAAUUUGAAACGCUUGCCGAUCUCAUUCAUUGAUAUACAGUCGGCCACCCAGGAUUUUGCUAUAACACACCUCACUGGGUCAGACGCAUUUGAAACUCAAGCCCGACGUCCAUCAGCAGAAGAAAUUGUCAAGAAACUUGAGGAAGCAUUGUCUUUGCAAGAAAACCCCUCAGACUACAAAAAAUUCCUACUUAAGGACAUAGAAUUGGCCACACAUAACUUCAGUGACAACAAUCUCAUUGGAAGAGGAAGAUUUGGGAACCUCUACAAAGGAGAAGUUACACAUGCUAAUGGACAAGAACGACCCACAACAUAUGAAGUGCUACAACAACUUAAGAAAGCAUUGGAAUUCCAAGAGGAUUAUGAAAUAUGGAAGCCCAGAUUGCCCAAGAACUAUAAAAAAAUAUUCCAGAUGUCAAACUCUCCAGAUAUCUCUACUGAGAGAGAAAAGGACCUCUAUAACAUGCUGUGCAACGGAAUCCUUCUUGAAGAAGACAAAGUGUUGUUUGCACUAGACUGCAAUGGAGAAAGAAAUGAAAUGAUAUCAGCAAAAACAUUUUCAUACAUUAACCAUUGUCGAUAUAGAUGGCGAUCAGUUCCAGAAUCAAGGUUUAGAGUGGUAGCACAGAUGUUGGAUAUUAUGAAUCUAAAUGUCAAAAUCAAGACAAAAGCUCCCCAUCGUUUAUCUCCCCAUGUCGUUUAUGGGGUUUAUUUAGUCUUCAAAUUUUGUGAUCCAAGAACAGUUUCAACUAAACCUGUUUAUGUGAACCUAAAGUACAAAAAUGGGAGCGAAAAGGCUGAAACCUCACAUGCAUAUUUUGCAACAUGGAGAGACAACGAGUGGAUGAUGAUUGAGUUAUGCCGAUUCUUGAAUAACAAGGGACAUAUCGUUUUUAAGUUUUUACUGGAGAGCUUCUCACGAUAUUACUGUGGAGAUAGUAACAUAUAUGUUCAAGGCAUUGAAUUUCGAGCCAUUGGCAAUGCGGAACAUGAAAAUUUGGAGGGACUAAUGGAUGUUCAAGAAGUCUUAACAUCAAACUCAUAUGUGGAUUGGGUCCGAACUCUCCUACCAAUUGGCCUGACAACUCGCUUGCGAAGUAUCUAUAGCCUGCCAACUCGCCUGCCAAGUAUUUAUAGCCUGCGAACUAGUCUAUCAAGUGUCCGUAGCCUGGGAACUAGACAGGCAACUUCGAUUACUAAUUUUUUUUCCAGAAACGAUGAUGGUGGUGAAAAGAUAUCGAUCAAUGUGAAUGGAAAGAAACAUCAUCUGGUUUCAGCAAAGGCGGCUCUACACAACUAUUCGGAAGUGGAAUGUUUUAAAACACAACAAACAGAUCAAUACAGAUUUCCAGAGGUGAUUGAGCUUCUACCACAACAAGUAUUUGGUAUCAAAUGCACGAUUAUAAGUCGCAUGUUAUCAUGGGAUACAAACUAUGUGUGCUACCUUGUGUUCAAGCUUUCGGACACAUGUCGUGGGCUGCAUUGUCCAGUGAAAGUAAGAGAUCUACCCCAUUUCGAAAACAAAGAUGAUGAAAUUAUUUAUUUUUAGAUCACCAAGCCCAAGGAAUUUACAUGAUAGUAAUGAAGCUCCAAUACCAAGGGCAGAUGGAUGGAUGGAAGUUAGGAUCUGGAAAUUCAACUUAAAUGAAGUACUCACAAACUAUUAUUUAAGUAUAGAUUUGAAGUUAAUUAGUUAUGAAGGAACUGUUUCCGGUCUUAUUGUAGGUGGCC